UUAAAAUUCGAAGAAGAAAAGGUUCUCUACAAGGAUUUUUGAAGUCUUGUAGAAUUCCAGAUUGAUGAAAGAUGAAUAUUUUGCCUAAAAAACGGUGGCAUGUCCGUACGAAGGAGAACAUUGCGAGGGUACGGAGGGAUGAAGCGAAGGCGAAAGAAGAAGAACAGGAGAAGAAGAGGAGAAUAGAGCUGGCCGAAAAGGAAGCCCGCUUAGAAGCUUUGAGGCAGGCAUCGAGGAGCAACUACGAUGGCUCCCAGCCCGAGAGCAGCCGUGAAAAAGCCGAGCACGUCAAUUUCUUCAGAGAACUCGAAGAAGGAAAGAGCUCCGUUAAAAGGAGCAACAAAGAGUACGAAAGUGAAAAGAAAGACGAGCAGGAAAAAUAUGAAAAACAGAUAGGCUAUUUGACAUACCUCGGUCAAGACACGGUUGAGUCGACGGGAAAGGUUUCCUGGUUCAACAAACUGCCUGAGCGCUACGCCCCGACGGACGAAGAAGUCGAGACGGAUAGGAAAAGACGACAUGACCCCCUGGAAAAGAUCAACGGCUUACUCAAACACGUCAAAGAAGAGCCGGCUCUUAAAAAGCACAAAAAGAAAAAGUCGAGGAAGGACGACAGGCCUACCAUUGAGGAGCUGAGGGCCAAACGACUCAGGAGAGAAGCGGAAGAAAAAGCCCGGAGGGAACUCGUACUCGCCAAGCUGACCGGUAAACCUCUUCCUCAACCUGCCAACCCACCAGCAGCAAGAAAACAAAAAUACUAUUCACAAUUUAACCCCGAACUUGCUCGCCAAAAUAAGAUUGACGGACACUUAUGAAUUUUAUUUGAAAGAUACCAGUUGAUAAACCUAUUUGGUCAUUUUCAAUCCUGAUCAACCCACCCUGUUUUCAUCCGUCAGGCAAGUCUUGGCAUCUUCAUAUUUGGGUUUGUAGAUGUGAUGUGAAUUCUUCAAACAAAUUUAUUUAUUGAUCAAAGUAUUGGUUGGUUGGCAUUUGGUUUGUACAAAUUACAUUUACAGAGUUCUAUUGGUAUUCCGAGCUAAUUGCUGCAGGGGAGUAUUCGGAUUACAGAGGAUGUUCAAAAAAAUACAUACGCAGGUACAAAAAACAAUUUCAACACAACACUUUAUUAUUAUUGCAUUCACCAAACCUACUGUAAUACAAAUAUAUUGUUAAUGUUACUUUAAAAAAAUCAGAUAAAAAACAUUUUCUUCCUCUUUUUCUCUCAUUUGGAAGCAAUAGGUAUUUAUUAGAAGAUAAAUUUAGACUUAUUUAACAUUUCAUUUUUUAGUAGUGAAGGAAUUACUGAACAAAAGAAAUCCUCAAAGUCUAAGCUGGUCUUGGUCUUUUGUAUAACUCUCCCUCUCACUCACUUGUCAGCCACUCAAUUUCCUUGUGAUGUAUUACAACAGCAAGGAUAAGAUCAGAAUGAUUACAUAAAAUCCAGCUGUUGAUUUAUUUUGUAAUUAAUUAUACACUAUUAGAAAUAUAUUAUACAUGUACAUACGAUAAACCAUUGUAUAUUAUAACUUAUAAAAACAAAGGACCAAACUGUGGUCCUUCUCUUAUUUAUGUUACAAUAAAUUUUAUUACUACUG